GUAGCUUAUCAGUCAUUCGUGCCAGCUGUAUGUUCACCUGAGAAUAUUACACUUCAAAUAUAAGAAUGAGAGAGUGAAAUUUGAUACUUCACAUUUUUUUACAUUUAUGCACAAAUUCCAUUGGAGCAUUCAAAUGUAACUGUGAUGCACUAUGAGAAGUCUAGUCACAGUGAUCAAACAGUUAUUAGUGAUAGCAUGUGUACUUCAGUUUCUUGUUGAGGACACCGAAUGCAAGAAACGACAUCAUGACUCCGGCUGCCAGCAAUCGUGCUACGAUGACGAAGAGUGGUCGUCAUGCAACUCAUGCCAGGGCCACGGUGGCGAGAGGUCCUCAAAAAAGGAGUUCAAAAUGCCCAAAUUCAAGAUGCCAAAAUUCAAGAAAUCGAAAAAGUCAAAGAAGCACAACGAUGACGACGACGAGGAGUGUGGGUACAACAUGUGCCCACAAUAUUGUCCACGCCCCUGCCCACAAUUCUACCCACAGCCACAACCAUUCUGUGCACCAGCACGGUACUUGCAGCAACCGUGGUGUCCAUGUCCACCACAGCGGAUGGACUGUAACCCAUGUUUCAGACCACCAAUACUGCCGCACCCACAACCACCACCAUGCCCACGCUUGCCCUGUCCACAGGCAUGCCCACCACCUUGCCCACCCCCACAGCCCUGUUCACAUCCGACCCCAAACUGCCAACCGCCCUGCUUUGAAUCAACCCUGAAAAGCAGCUGCGAUCCUCAGGCAUCGGUACAGAAAAUCAUCGUAGAAAAAGGACCAGCAAUCAUUCAGAACAUCAUCUUCGACAAGGAGUUCUGCGAGAAAUACUUUGAGACCUACGGUUGUUACCCGGCUAUUGAUGGGUUGCCUUUCCAACUGCCCACGCAACACGUUACCCUCGGCAAUAACUGUGAUGAAGACUGUUCGACUUGUGUGAACACGUUACCUUGUCCUCAGAACAAUAUUUGUGGACCUCCUCCAUGUCAAAACGUUUGUGGCAGAAACCCAAUUCCACUGCCUUCCCCAAUUUCUUUUAAUAAAUAUUAUCCGUCGCCAUGUCCUUGCUAGGCAUCAGUAACAUUAUGAAAUGAAAAUUGAGUACCUAAUACUUAGAUAUGGAUUCACAAUAUAAUCAGCUUUAGAUUAAGCCAUGACUGUGAUAAAUAGCCUAUGUUUCAUUUUGCAUGCCAAUGAAAAUAACUGUAUCAUGAAAAGUAUUGCAACUUCGAAUAUAUGAUGUAGCUUUCAAUAGACAUUAGUAAUAAGUGAAAAUCCACUGAUACAAAUAGUCUAGACUGGAAAUGAAUAGACUAUCAGGUGAAAAAAAUAUAAACUUCAAUAGGCAGAAUACGAUAGAAGUUAUGCUACUAUGGACUGAACACACUUUAUACACUGCAACACAUGAAAUGUAUCUAGAAUAUGUUAUUUUGAUGGUCAUUGUUGAUCAAAAUCUUCCUUGAAUAAGAGCAUUGAAAUAUUUGUAAAAAACAAUGAAUGAAGCAGAUAGAUGUGAAUAAACGUUCUACUAUACCCACCAUUUUGGAUGUACAUAACGGGCAAUAUAAUUAUAAUCGAUGAAGAAGGUACAAGUGACUUAAUACGAUUAUGCACUAUAGAAAGUUUAUCUAUCAUUAAUCACAUAAAUUUACGCAAAGAUUUACAAAUGCUUAUCAAAUGAAAACUACUUUAAAUUUGUCAAAGACGCACUAAUAUUUGUUAUUUAAAUAAGUUGAAAUACUAGUUUCGGUUGUCGUUACACUAUUUCUAUUAUCAAUCUCUAGUAAACUCUAAUGCUGUACUCAGACUACCGCAGCCCAAAUCAUACGACUCCAGUCGCUAGUACCAGUAUUUUGGACCUUUUGAAUUUUUCAGUUUGAAGUGAAAUAGCGUGAAUAUAAACGUGAACACCUUGAAAUUUGUUUAAAAUGUAGUAAAAUUUCUUUAUUUCAUGUAAUUAGAAGAAAAUCUGUUAUUACACAAUUUCAAAUAAGUCAAGUUGAAAGGUCUGAAAACUGGUAGUACUAGCGACUGGAGUCGUACGAUGUGAGUCGCGGUAGUGUGAGUAGUGCCUAAAAUUUCACUAGCUAUUAGAAUAUGGUGUAACAACCGAAACUAGAGUAACUCAAAUUGUUCUGAUGAAACUUUAGCAAUUGUUUAUAUACCGUACCUACCAUACUAAAGUAACAAAAGUGCAGAUGAGUUAUAAUAAUGAUAACUUUCUUUGAAAAGUCUGUCUUUUGCCACUGCUAUGUUUUUCACUUAUUCUAGUUCCAUAAAUCACAAAACUGUACAGUAUCAAUAUUUCAACUGAGAUUAUACAGAAUGUUCUGAAAAAAGGUGCCGAUAAGCCAGGGGGUGAUUCCUCACAUAAAAAGUAGAAAAAAAAUUCUAAUUAACAUAGGUCCGAAAAUGCUUGGUUAAAUAGCCUAGGUACAGAGUGAAAGGUUUCGUCUGAAUUUCAGUUCCCCUACCCUACGGGUAUUUGUUGGCUGUUAAUUAAGAUGUUACAUUCAGCAUACUUUAUGUAAAAUGAACUGAAAAAUUGAAUAAAACCGUUUCCAGAACGUUAACUACAGUAAUAUUUUUAAGAUAUGUGACGAAAUACGCGAAACUUGGUCCCGAAAAAAGUUCCUUCAAGGUUUGAAGCAGAUUUACUAAGUUAAAUAUACAUUAAACACAAAAUGUUCCAUUACAGAACUUGUAGAAAAUUCAAUUUUGAAGAGAAAGAUGUAGAAUAAGUCUGUAAUAGACAAACGCAACCUUGAAUAAAUAACCCUUAAUUACAUACAAAACGCAUGAAAAAUAGACAAAAUCUGUUAAGAUCUCUAUUUUUCAUGCGCUUUGUAUGUAAUAAAGGAUUAUUUUUUUCCAGGUUGCGUUUGUCUAUUACAGACUUAUUCUACAUCUUUCUCUUCAAAAUUUAAUUUUCUACAAAUUCUGUAGGAAAAUAUUUUGUGUUUAUUGUACAUUUAACAUGGUAAAUCUGCUUCAAACCUUAAAGGAACUUGUUUUCGGGACCAAGUUUCGCGUAUUUCGUCACUUAUCUAAAAAUUACUGUAGCUAACGGUUUUAUUCAAUUUCUCAGUUCAUUUUAACUAAUGUUUUUUUUAAGCAUGUCCAUGCUUAUAUACUUCAUUACUCGUUCUUCUAUAUAAGAUCUAAUACUAUUACAGUCCAAUAUUGUGAUUCAAGCGUAGAGCAUACAAUAAAAAUACAAUCUAUUUUCACUUAUGAUAAUUAGCCUACUCACUAAUUAUACCUGAAUUCACAAACAGCUAUCAAUCUUUUCAGCAUAGGCUAGAUUAAUUGAUAAUUUAAAACAAUCUAAUUUUAUUCUUAGUAUACUACUAUAUUCUUCUCAGUAGUACAAUUGCCAGGAUCAGCAUAGCCUGAUAAUGAGAGUUUCAAAUACACUUCUUAUAGUGAGAGGCUGAUUAAGCCUAUAGUGGAUUAGCUAAAAUAAUAUACCGUAAUUGAAUAAUAAUUAAUAUUAUAGUGAGUGAUAAUUAAUUAUAGUGAGAAGCACUAAAAACGAACAAAAAAAGUAUUUCAUGUGUCAUACAAAACUAUGCCUAUACUGUAAUGUUGUCAUAAUUCUAUGCACAAAUCUCAGUUUGUACGGGCAUCAUUCUCAGCGAUAAUUCGUUAUAAUCAUCCGAUCCCCUGUGCUUUAUGUACGUACAUAUCCACAUAAUACGGCUUACUAUAGGUCUAUAUACUAUUUUAUACUUACUGUACUAUACUCUUAUUACGGUAUAUCAGCCUAUUAUUCAUCAUAGAGCUACGCCUACGGUACUCUUCAGUUUGAUUCAUCGCUCCGUCAUAUCUAUGAAUAAGCCCGUCACAUCAAUAAUAAAAUUGAUUGAGUCUCGAUAUAAUUGUGGUUUUCUUUCUAACUCACUGUACCAAAUAUUGCUUACAUUAGAAGACAUAGAUGGCAGGCAUUGUUUUAAAACUGCUCUGUGCGGGAGUAUAAACAUUUAUAAUAAACAAUUUUCAUAAACAA